AGGGAGAAGAGUCGGCCAUGAUGGAACAGGAGGAGUUCCUGCCUCACAUUGCCAGCAAGAAACUGAACCAGUUCACUGAUUUCGAAGGGAAGACGUCGUUUGGGAUGUCCGUCUUCAACCUGAGCAAUGCCAUCAUGGGCAGCGGCAUCCUGGGCUUGGCCUACGCCAUGAGCACCACGGGGAUCGUCCUCUUUGUGGUGCUUCUGAUCAGCAUCGCUUUGCUCUCCUCCUAUUCCAUUCACCUGCUGCUGGAAUGUGCCGGAGUCGUAGGAAUCAGAGCUUACGAGCAGCUGGGACUCAGAGCAUUUGGCCAUGGGGGCAAGGUGGUUGCCGCUGUGAUCAUCUCAGUACACAACAUAGGAGCCAUGUCCAGUUACUUGUUCAUUGUUAAAUCUGAGCUGCCUCUUGUGAUUCAAACCUUCUUAGGACUGAAGGAGAGCACCGGCGAGUGGUACAUGAACGGGAACGUUUUGAUCAUCAUUGUGAGCGUCGGUGUCAUCCUGCCCUUAGCUCUGAUGAAACAUUUGGGCUAUCUAGGUUAUACCAGUGGACUUUCACUCACGUGUAUGAUUUUCUUUCUUGUCUCGGUGAUCUACAAGAAAUUCCAGAUCACCUGCUCCUUCAAUGGGACAUACUACGAAGAGACCCCCGUCUAUUACAAUGGACACAACACCACCAACGAGCACAAAGACGAUGUCUGCGUCGCCAAGAUCUUAACUGGCAGCUCCGAGACAGCAUAUGCUAUACCCAUUUUGGCAUUCGCUUUCGUUUGCCAUCCAGAGGUGCUUCCCAUUUACACUGAGCUGCGCAGGGCCUCAAAGCAUCGGAUGCAGAAUGUAGCAAAUGUCUCCAUCCUGGCUAUGUUUAUAAUGUACCUGCUGACCGCCAUCUUUGGCUACCUCACCUUUUACGGGAAUGUGGAAGCUGAAAUGUUGCACACUUACAUCCAAGUGGACCCUCUGGAUCAGCUUAUCCUGAGUGUGCGGUUGGCUGUCCUCCUUGCAGUGACACUCACUGUGCCAGUGGUUCUGUUCCCGAUCCGCAGGGCCAUCCAGCAGUUGCUUUUCCAAAAUAAGGACUUCAGCUGGCUCCGUCACGUCAUCAUCGCCACCUGCCUCCUUGUGUUGGUCAACCUCCUCGUCAUCUUUGUGCCGAACAUCAAGGACAUCUUUGGCAUCAUUGGAGCGACGUCGGCCCCAAGCCUCAUCUUCAUCCUUCCCAGCAUCUUCUACAUACGUCUUGUCCCCAGUGAGAAAGAGUCGCCGCUGUCCAAAUCUAAAAUCCAGGCCGCCUGUUUCGCCACCCUCGGCUUCAUUUUCAUGGUGAUGAGUCUCAGUUUCAUCAUUGCGGACUGGGUCACGAUGGGAAAGAGCAGCGUCGGAGGGCACUAA